AAAAUAAAUAUAUUUGUAAAUGAGUGACCCUUUUUGGUAUUUUUCCAAUACAGUCAUCACUCUCCAUCCCAGUAGGUGGCGGAAAGGCACCAACGGAUGGUUUGACAACCAACGAAGCUGGAGUAGUAAAAGAAGACGACAAAGACAACAACAACAUCAUGGUGAUGAGGUGUAUUUUAGGCUGCUCCCCUCCCCAAACCCUCUUCCCUAUCCCGAAGGUGCCCUGGCUGCGCGUCCGCUGGCUGCAGUUUCUGCACUUCGACGACGGAGGCGUCACGGAGAACACGCGUCUGUGCGCGCGGCACUUCACGCAGGACAGCUUCAAGAACUUCCGGCAGCACGAGAUGGGCUUCGUGAAGCUGCUGCUGCUGUCGGACACCGCGGUGCCGUGCGUCUACACGGUCGGGGCGUCGCCGGGCGCCAAGCCUCUCACACGGGACGUGGGCUGCCAGUGUUCCCCCACACCGGUGAAGAAGAGCACCGCGGUGCAGGCGACGCGCUCCACGCCCAAGCCCAAGCGACGCAGCAAAGCGGUCCAGGUGAAACCCCCCAUCCUCUCUAUUGGGAUGUCCUGCCUCACGGAGCAUCCGGGUCCCGGCCUCGAUGAAACGUGUUCUCCAAAAAACAAGAGGCCGCGUGUUAAAGAGGAAGAUGGUGAGAUGGAGGAGAGCGGCUCGAGCUGCACAGAGGAAUCAACAGCAGCAGCGUCUGACCUCACCUACCAGUCUGAGGACAGCGACACAUCACUCUGUGCUGCUCACUACUAUGAUGGAAGUGCGGAUUGGGAAUAUCUCAGCUGAAGAUGGCCAGAGUUCAGAAGAGUGAAUCCUUUUCAUCAGAACAACAGCACAGAUAUGCAGCUAUGUGGACACACGCAGGCCUCCGGACACACACAGCCUGACUGCAGCGAUUCAUCUGCGUGUUGAGUGAGAGUGAACAGUGCGAGGGGAAACUGUGUGUAACCUUCCUUGAAGAUUGUAAAGUUCUCCACGCACCCCUCGCCCACAGUAUUGUGUGUGUGUGUGAUAUACACUCACCUAAAAGAUUAUAAGGAACACCUGAUUAAUGCAAUUAUCUAA